AUGCUGGUGUACAGCUUCCAGACCUACGAUUUCUACAGUGUGGGUCUGCCCUGGACAACCCAGAACUACGUUGACCUGGUUACUGCCGGGAGUUACGCUAAGUUAUUUGUCAAGACGCUCAUCAUCGCGGUCCUCGUUACACUUGGGGCUCUCGUACUAGGCUCUCCAUUCGCCUAUUAUAUUAGCCGAGUUGCCGGCAGGCGUCUCGCCGUGUUCCUCCUCCUCGUGACGGUGCUUCCACUUUGGAUGAACGUUGUUAUCCGUAACUACUCGUGGAUAGCUCUGAUCACGAAUAACGGUGUUCUGAAUACCGUCCUUCAAGCGAUUGGGCUUCCGAAGCUCGACAUCAUCUAUACGCUGAACAUAGUGAUAGUCGUUGGGAUCACGCUCGCAUUGCCUUUCGCUGUCCUCGUUCUCUACGCGACGAUGGGCAAUAUCAGCAAUGAAGUUGAAGAGGCGUCUCUUGAUCUUGGCUCAAACCGUCUCCGUACAUUUUUGAAGGUGAUAUUCCCUCUGUCGGCCUCUGGUUAUCAAACGGCUACGCUGCUCAUCUUCAUGCCGACUCUGGCUUUCUACGUGACACCCAUUAUGUUGGGUGGCACGGAGGGCGCGAUGGUGGCGACGGCGUUGAUGCCCGUUGUUAGAGAUGUGCUCGACUUUGCCCAAGGCGGCGCCUAUAUCGUACCGAUAGUCGCCAUACUAAUGUUGAUGGUCUUUCUCCUCAGACGGGGAAUCAAUAUAGACAAUCUGUAUCGCUCCGGUGUUGGAUCCAACGUUGCGCGUCACACUCAGCGCAGGAGCAUCUGGCUUCUGGCCUACGUGAUCGUCAUACUGGCGAUUAGCUAUCUGCCGCUAUUCAGCAUGGUUCUAUUCUCCUUCGGCAAGAACUCUUCAGCGGUGUUCCCGAUGCAGGGGGGUACACUCCAUUGGUACCGGGACCUGUUUAGCAGCGGCUCCAUGCUGCUCGCACUCAAGUUCAGCAUCAUCGUGGCGAUUGAGACUGCGAUAGUGUCUCUGAUGCUGUGCGCGCCCGCCGCGUAUGCGGUGGUCCGGCACCGCUUCCCGGGUCGGGGCGCCUACUUGUUCAUUAGUCUCUUGCCGAUGCUCAUACCUGAGAUCAUUCUGGGGCUGGCGAUUCUGGUGCUGCUGAUAACGACCGGAGUGCCGCUGUCAUUGCAGACCGUUGUCCUCGGCCAUGUGACCUUGGCUCUGCCAUUUGUCUUCCUGACAAUUUUGGCUCAACAGUAUGGGUUUGAUAGGAGCAUCGAAGAGGCUUCCAAAGAUUUGGGGGCUACACCUCUCAUGACAUUCAUUAAGGUGGUGCUGCCACUAAUGGUGCCUGCGUUGAUCGCCGGAGCAUUCCUUGCAAUCACCAUAUCGUUCAACGACUUCGUCGUCGCGUUUAUCCUGACCUCCGGUGAGUCGACACUGCCCCUGUACAUCUUUGGUCUGCAGAAGGCGGGUACUUCUCCCUCUUCCAAUGCGCUUGGUACGCUCAUCAUCGUUGGUGUUGUGCUGGUCCUGUUGAUUGUCCUCAUUCGUCCGUGGGACAUGGUGAUCAGACGAGUCAAUAAGGCCCGUGCUACUUUUGGUAGCUAA